GGUUUGUUUUCAGUCGGACAACAUUACUAUGCGCACACACGGUAUAAACAUGGAAGCCGUAAACGUGAUAUUUGUUUCCUCGGUGGACUGUAAACUUUCUAAAACUGAGUUACUGAGAGGAAUCGUUACCGAGAAACUGACGACGGCAGCGCGGGAAAUCUUCGCGGUUGUGGAGAGAACCGUAUCCGGUUACGAGGAGGAGGCGGCGGGUCUGAGGCAGGAGAUCGACCGGCAGAGGAUCCAGCUGGAGGCUAUCCUGCAGCCUCGAGUGUCUCUGUGUCGGAUAGAUGAACCUGAAGAAGAAGAAGAAGAAGAAGAAGAAGAAGAAGAGGAAGAAGAGGAGGACGAGCAGCUCAAACGUGUGUCUGGAACUUUCAGGAUCUUUAAUACUUCAGUUCUCUUUUCCCUCUCAUGUUUAUAAAGAACAGGAAACUUAUGUCUGCUGGUUUGGUUCAGGUGGGGAGGACUCGGGGAGCCGGGCCGGUUUAGAUCAUGCUGAGGAGGAAGACGAGGAGGAAGAAAAGGAGGAGGAGCCAGAGAAGAUGAGAGGCAGGAAGUCGUCCUCUAUAAACCUCACAGUGUGUCUGUUAGAGGACUCCACCAUCAGCGUCCUGAAAAGAGGAGUGUCUCAGUCUCAGGUGAAGGAGGUCAUGUGUCCUCCAGGCCUGCAGGAGGCAGACUUCCUGGACCUCCUGAGGGCGUCCUUCCCUCAGCUGACGGGACAGUUUGAUGCGUUCACAGUCGACGCCCACCGGAGUCUGACACCUCUCACAGUAAAGACCCUGACACCCGAGGAGAUCCGGAGGUCCAUCAAGUCGACGGGGAGAGGACGGUCCGCUCUUUACAUCCGAGUCCAGGCAGCACAGGAAACGCCGAGGGGUCAGGAGGAGGAGCGUCCCCCCUCGUCAGCGAUGAAAGACGACGGCGUCCAUGACACACGGCCACACGCACAGUCUCUUAAGGAUCCUGCAGGAGAGGAGAGCGAGCGAUCAAGAGACUCGAGACAGAAACAACAAGUCGAGAAGGAGGAAGAUGGGGAACAAUGUGGAACAUCAGAGGACUUCAGCGCCCUCUCUUCUGCUCGCUCUGCAGCCGACAGCAACCACAAGGAGGACGACAACGAGGCAGAAGAAGAAGAAGAAGAGGAGUGGAAACCAGACAAAGAGGAGAAAGAGGAGAAAGUGGACUCUUCAGAGAUAACAAAGAGAAAAAGAGUCAAAGAUUCAGGAGUCAAAUCAAAGAGAAGGAAACAGAUCAAGUCAUCUGUGAAGGUAGCGAGUGAUAGCAGCGGUGUUCCUGUGUCGUGUAAAGUGUGCAGAGCUCUGAGCGGCUCAGAGAACAUGUUGAUCAAACACUCGUGGAGUCACGUGGAGGAUCCAGAGAGACUGUGUGGAGUCUGUGGAGAACAGUCAGAGACUCCAGAGGAGCUGAGGACUCAUCUGGAGAGUCACAAGAAAACAUUCAGCUGUGACGUCUGUGGGAAGAACUUCCUGUCUGUGGUCGGUUUUCAGAGACAUGCCGUCCUUCACACGGGAGAGAAACCGUACGAGUGUGACGUCUGCCUGAAGAAAUAUGCGUCAAAAAACACUUUGAGGAAUCAUCGACUGGUUCACGUGGAGGAGAAACCACACAGAUGUGACGUCUGUGAUAAAACGUUUGCGUUCAAACAGCAGCUGAGGACUCACGCUGUGAGCCACACAGGUGAGAAGCCGUACACCUGCGACCUGUGCGGGAAGUCCGUCCUCGACCUCAUCUCUUUGUCCCGACACAAGAUGAGUCACUCCGGGAAAAAACGCUACAGCUGUCCGGUGUGUGGGAAGAAGUUUUUAACUCCUGCAGCAGUGAGAGGACACGAGAAGAUCCACACGGUCAGAGAUAAAACGUUCCUCUGUGACGUCUGCUGCAAAACGUUUCACUCUCAAAGUAUUCUGAGUGUUCACCUGAAAACACACGGCGGGAAAAAGACCGUGUGCAGCAUCUGUGGGAAGGGACUGUCUUCAAAAGGAGCGCUGAGCAGACAUCUGUUGGUCCACAGCGGAGAGAGACCCUACAAGUGCUCCGAGUGUGGACGCACGUUUAAUGCCAGGAGUCUCCUCACGUCCCACCUGAAGACGCACGCCGGCAUCAAACCGUUUGUGUGCGGCGUGUGCGGGAAGGCGUGCUCACGAAGAGAACACCUGAGUGUCCACAUGAGGACCCACAACGGAGAGAAACCAUACAAGUGCACCGUGUGUGAGCGAGGCUUCACUCAGAGCCACUGUCUGAAGACUCACAUGAAGAAGCACCGGGAGGGGGAGGAGUCAGCGGGGGGCGGGACGAUGGACUGAACUCUUUAUAUCACGUCAACGUUUAAAAAACUUUAUUAGACUUUUUAUAUCAAAGUUUAUAAGAUCAUUUAUAAUCUAAGAUAAGAAUCUAAGACCAAACGAAUGCAGCGUCCUCAGAAGUUCAGAAUGAGUGAAGCUGAUUGGUAGAAACUGGAGAGCACAUGAUGGCGUGUGUUUGUGUUGGACGAGGUGUCCACGCUGCCUCUGACAUUAAAGGUAAUCCAACACGUCAACAUUGACUUGUUCAUGUCGUGGAUUUACUUAACGUCAUGUCGGUCACUAAACUGAACUCCAACAAAUCAACGAGUUUGGACGCUGUGUAAAAUGUCAAAUAAAAACGAUGUAAUGGUUUGUAAAACAUUUAAUGGGAAAUGGAACAAAGAGACGAUAUCGAUGUUGGAACUGAGAUUUGUUGUUUUUAAGGGAAAGUGUGACUUUCAUAAAGUAAAAAACAACAAAACGUU